CCGUGGGAAAAGAAAUACAUCUCUGCGAUGUCAUCAACUUGUCAAGUCUGUAGCAUGCUUCAAUGAUACCUCCAUUAUGGCUGGAACCAGCCAUCAAGAGAGUCGGUCUUACUUGCCUUCAUGUUCGUAUUUAACAAUCAGUUCUGUGAAAAAUACAUUGAUGCCAUCCAGCUCAUUAACUUUGGUUUUGCCUUCCACCUUUUCAAGGAAAAUGUCGGCGGCCCAUGCUUCAUGGCUGGUCCUUCCAUGCUUCCAACGCUCGACAACAGCGGUGAAAUGGUCAUCGAAAGCAUUCUACCUCAUCGGUUAUUUCCCAAUCACCUUGGAAGAGGGGAGCUCAUAACUUUGAUAUCACCCGUUAAUCGCUCGCGCAUCAUUUGCAAAAGAGUAAUUGGCCUUCCGGGCGAUGUAGUUUGUGUCGAUCCGACUGGGCUUAAAGCUCCUUCGACCGAGCAUGUCAUCGUUCCCAAGGGGCACAUUUGGGUUGCUGGUGACAACGCCGCCUGGUCGACAGACUCGCGCGAUUAUGGACCUGUGUCCAUGGCCCUGGUAAGGGGCAGAAUUGCUGCCAGGAUUUACCCGUUCAACCGGUUUACUGUCUUCUCCCGGGACGCAACUUAUAUCGAACAGUGACACGCGGGACAACAUAGUCUACA